UGGGUGGAAAGCGUUGACAUAGCGUCAAAAAUAACUUCCGUGCAGAGGCGUGGCAGACAAUAAUGCUAAGAUACUAGGGUUCGUUAGUGAAUUAGCGACAGAAUCCAGGGGUAAUUUAUAUCGCCGGGAGUUGCUAUCUACUUUGCGAUAGCGACCUUUGCAGUAUCAAUUUAGCUGGAAGGGCCCGGUUUGUGCGUACUGUUGCGACGGACAUGGCGCCUGUCAUGUUUGCGACAUAGGUGUGGAGUGAAACUUACUUAACCACUGAUUACUAACAAUAUGGGUUUUUACACGGGCAGCGACGUUUCACGAGAUAUACAAGCGGAAUGCGGGGCUGACGGAACGGUGCUAGUUUCUCCAAGCGUAAAGAGUCCGUCCCCGCCUUUUUCAGACGGGAAAGGCAUUCUUGCGGUGACGGAAAUCGUCAUGAGACGGGAAGCUGCCGUUAAUGGCGCCGCAGCGGAUCUCGUUACCGUUUUAGCUGACGGCGACGGCGACGACAACGGCAGCGGCAGUUUCGAAGCCGUAAGCGGUAGCGAAAGGUUCGGAAUUAGCCUCGAGUCGAGCAAGGAAGAGAGCGGGGCCAGCAGCAGCAGCAGCAGUAGCAGCAGCAGCGGAAGCAGCAGCAGCAGCGGGAGUAGCGGUAGCAGCCAGCACGGCUUGCAGAACGGUCACCUAGAGGGCGACGCGAUGGGCGUGGCGGAUGCUGAAGGCGGGGGGGGGGAGAGAGCGAGGGAUGCGCAACGCGAGGGGGAGGUGAUGUCCAGAGCACGGCAUGACGUUGCGAGAAACGAAGACGAGCAACCUAGGGAAGUGAGACGAGGAGGCGACGAGGAGGGGGAGGAUGGGAGGGAGGAGAGGGAGGAGGGGGAGCAGGAGCAGAUUUCGGAGGAAGUGGGUGAGGAUGUGGAAAGGGAAGAGGAGAGAGAAGCGAGGGAAGGGGGAAAGUCGGCGGAGAAGGAAGCGAAGCGAGCGAGUGAGCAGGUUGGCAGCGCUGGUUUGUCUCAGCCUGAACCGCGAGGAUACGAGGAGAGUGGCGAGGAGGAGGGGAUUAACGGUGAGGAUGUGCGUGAAGGAUGUGGGAGGAAGGGGAGCGGAGUAGGGGAGGGAGAGGGUGACGGAGAGAUUGACGGAGAGAGGGAGGAGAUACACUCAGAAAAAGGAAGUAAUGACGACGAGCGACACUCGAGCGACGGGGAAAGCGAAAGCCGUGCGAAAGUCGACGACGAAGACGAAGAGGAGGAGGCGGAGGAGGGCCGAGAGGAAGUAGUGAAGACGCUCCGGGACGACGACGAGGGCGAAUCAACAGGCGACGACGACCACGGCGGCGACGACGAUGGCGACAGCGACGAAGGUAGCGCUCAUCUUACUCCUGCCUUGGAGCAGCAGCGACGAAACGGGCUCGGCCAUCUAAACGGCGAACGCGGUGACGGUGACGGUGACGGCAGCGUUGACGGUGACGGCGGCAACGGCGGGACGGAACGGGGUUUCGAGUCGGACGAUGAGGCUGUCACUCCAGUCGCGCACGACGACGACGACCACCACGGCGACAACCAGGGCGACCACGACGACGACCAGGGCGACAGCCAGGGCGACGACGACGACGACGUCGCCGACGAGGAGGAGGACGAUGACGACGACGCGCUUCCCUCGGCAGACGCGGCGUCGACCGCGGGGGACAGCGAGGCGAGCGAGGCGAACGCGCUGGAGGAGUUGCAGGAGCUGCUGCGGAGACGGACGGGCGGAGGCGGAGACGAUGCUGGCGCUAGCCCCGCGACUUCGCUCUCCCCCCAUCCCGGCCAGCUUUCGCCCCUUUCCGCUGCUAUAGAGGCCGCCGCCGCUGGUGCCGGUGGUGGUGGUGCUACCGCUGGCGCUGCCAGUGGCGCGGCUUCUGGGUCGGUUCCUCCGCCGAUGCUGUUGGGCCACGCUGACGGCGUGGCUCGGAACCAGUGGGCGACGAACCUAGCGACGAGGUUCGGCGAGCCGGAGCUAUUCGACCUGAUGUCGCCUCCCGUGUCGGAGGGUGGUUCGGUGGGAGAGUCGGAGGAGGAUAGGAGUUGGGGUAGUGUGAGUUAUAGGGGUAGUGAGAGUGGGAGUGAUGGGGGGAGAGGGGGGGAGAGUGAUGAGGAAGGGGAGAGUGGGCGGGGCAGUGUGGGGGAGAGAGAGAGUGUGGAGGAUGGUGAGAGUGGUACGGAGAGGGAGAGUGUGUCAGAGGAGGGGGAGAGUUUGGGUGGGGGAGGGGAGUAUGAGGGGGGUGAGAGGUGGGUGGGGAGAGGCGAUGGUGAUAGGGAGGAAGAGAGGGUCGUUGCGGGCGGGAGGGAGGGAGCAGGUGCCAUGGGGCGGCACGGAUUAGAGUCUGGCACGAAUGAGCCUAGAGAGCAGCAGCAGCAGCAGCCGCCGCAGCAGCAGCAGGAGGAGGAGGAGGAGGAGGAGGGAGGACCGGAAACGUGGCACGGAUGGUGCUCUGCAGGGCAUAGGCGCGUGGGAACCCUGGAAAGGAUCUGGGAAGAGGAGGAGGAGAAGGAGGUGGAGGAGAGUGCGAGCGAGGGGAGUGAAGCGGAGAGGGAGAGCGAGGAUAGUGAGGGGGAGGGGGGGGAUGGUGAAGACCUCGCAAGGGGAGGCGAAGAGGAGGCGGAGCAAAGGGAGGAGGAAGAGGAGGAAGAGGAGGAGAAGGAGAAGAUGAUAUCGGUGGGGAUGGUUGAUGAUGCGGAGGAUGCAGGAGAGAGGAUGGAGAGUACUGCGGUGGUGGCGGUUACUGAGCCAUGCGGCAAUGUGGCGAGUGACGAGGCGGCAGGAACGAGUGAGAAGCGCAGCGGCGAUGUUGGUGAUGGUGAUGAUGAUGCUGCUGCUGCUGAUGCUGAUGCUGCUGCUGCUGCUGGUGGUGGCGUGGAGAGCGACGGAGAGGAGAGCGCGGAGAUGGAGGAAGGGAUGGGCCACCACGGUGAGAGGAUUGAGAAGCCGGAGGAUGACGAGAGCGAGAAGGAAAGCGAGGGGAGGAGUGAGGGGGAAAGCGACGAGGGGAGUGAGGAGGGAAGUGAGGAGGGAAGUGAGGAGGAGAGUGAGAAGCUGACGGUUGAGAUUCAGGCGAUGCUGAAGAAGCUCAAGAGGGAGUUUAGGAAGGAGAGCGAGUGGGGGGGAGGGGGGGAGGAGGCGCAGCAGGCGGAAGCAACGAUAGUAAGCCCGGUGGUGGUGCAUGUGGAGGGAAGCAGUGGGGAGGAGAGCGAGGAGGGGAGCGAUGGGGAGAGUGAGGGGCGGAGUGAGAAGGGGAGUGAGAAGGGGAGUGAGAAUGGGAGUGAGAGGAGUGCAGUCGGGAGCGAGGAGUGUGCGGAGGGAAGGGAGAGGGCUGUGAGUGGGGAAGGUGAAAGAAGAUUCGCAGAGUCAAGAGGGUCGUUUCUUGAAAGGGGGUUUGCUGCUGCUCUGGAGGACUCGCCUGUGCCGGCUGCUCUGGUGGCUGCGGGGGAGGGGAAGGCAGACAGGGGCGAGCCGAGUGGAGAGGGAGGAGAGGGGAGAGAGAGGGGAGAAGAAGAGGAGGCGGAGGAGGCGGGGAGAGUGGGCGAGGGUGUGGAGGGGAUUGGCUUGUUGUGUGUGGGUGACGGUUUGCGUGCGCAUGGGCGGAGCGGCAGCGACAGUGGGAUCGAGGGUGAGAGGGAGAGUGAGAGGGAGAGUGAGAAGGGGAGCGAGUGUGGCAGUGAAAGGGGGAAAGGGGAAGAGGAGGAGGUGGAGGGUGAGGAGGAUAAGGAGAGGAGUCUGGAGAAGGAGGGCUCGGUUGUGGAGGUGAUUUCUAUUGCCGGGGGGGAGAGCAGUGACGGCGCGAGUGAGACAGGCGAGGAAUAUGAGGGGAGUGAGAGGGGGAGUGAGAGGGGGAGUGAGAGGGGGAAUGAAGGGGAGAGUGACAACGCGAGUGAGAGUGGAAGCGAGAGUGAGGGGCGGGAGAGAGGUGUGGGCGGUGAGAGGGAGGCAUCGCCAAGUGUGGGUGGGUGCAUGGUGGUUGUAGGCGAUCUAGGAGAGGAGGUGGCUGGAGGAGCGGAGGAAAAGGAGAGAAGCGAUAAAGGGGAGGAGAGUGUGGAAGGGGCAGGAUUGCUGACGAGUGUGAGCGAGGGCGGAGAGGGUGGGCUGCUGCAAGAAGGGCAGGUGUUACCAACACAGCAGGUGUUAAUAACAGAGCUUAGCUUCACACCUGAACCCACUGGAGCGGCCAGUCAAGGCCAGAAGGAGGAGGACGACAACGAUACUGAUAAUGAUAAUGAGAAUGAUGAUGCCGUGGGUGCUGGUGUGGAUGCAGAUGCAGGUGUUGAAAGUGCGAGUGCGGGAGCAGUGGGCGGAUGGGGAGGCCGAGUGGCGCGAGUGCUGUCCGCCUACGGGCCCGACCUCGACCUCUUUGAGCUGCGCUCGCCGCCCGUCUCCGAAUCCGAGCUCGAACGCUCCGAGUCCGGUUCGGAAGCCGGCUCGGACUUGGGUUCGCGGUCUGGUUCGGAGUCCGGCUCGGGGUCGGGGGUUUCUGGUUCGGGAUCUCUGUCGCGAACGGCGUCUGGUUCAGGGAGCUUCAGCGAUGGGGAGAGGAACUACUGUGGGGAAUAUGGGUCGGAGGAUGGGGAUCGGGAGGGGGGGGGAAAUGGUGCAAGGUGGGAGGAGGAAGAGAGGGGAGGAGAGAGGGAGGGAAGCGAGGGGGUGGAGGUGGGUGGUGAGCGUGGGAUGGUGGAAGGGGGGGUGCGAGGGCAGGAUGCAGUGAGAGAGAAGGGGUUGAGUGUGGAAGAGGAGGAGAGCUUGGCGGAGAAGAAAGGUAGUGGUGCCCUCCAAGCAACAGCAGCAGCAGCAGCAGCAGCAGUGGAAGGGCCCUUAGCAUCGGAAAGAACAGCAGUGGAGGGGAGAGUUGACGGCGAGGGUGAAGGCGAGUGGGACAGCAAGGGUGACCGCGCAGGUGAGGUUGCUGCUAUGGAAGAGCGAGGCGACGCUGACACCGGAGGCAUGGGUGGCAAUGGCGGCAUUGCUGUCCACAGUGGUGGUGCCUUUGGCAGUGGCUCCUGGGAGAGUGCUCUGCCUGCUGGGGGGAUUGUAGCUGUGACGACGCCUGCUGCUCCAGUGCCACGCGCCAGUGCAAUGAGUGCUGCUGACCUUGAUCUGAUUCUGAGUGCCAAUCCCGAGGGAGAGGCGGGCUCGGGUUCGGGCUCGGACGCUGAGUCAACUCCGAAGCUGUUGCGGCGAGAGGGACACGUGGCUCCUGAUGUGACAUCUGACUUGGCGUCUGACGUGGAGUUGAAACUGAGAACUGGAGAGGUGACACCUGAGUCGGUGUCAGAUUUUGAGAAGACUCCGAGGAUGAUGCUACAUCGGGGAGAGUUGACACCUGAGUUCGUUUCAGAGUCCGAGUUGACACCGAGGUUGGGCGAGUUGACACCGGAGAUGACAUCCGAUGCUGAGUUGACACCGACAGGAGCGUCGUCGUACGGCGAGUUGACGCCAGAGGUGGCGUCCGAUGCGGAGUUGACACCAAGGAUGAUGGGAGAUGUAACGCCGGAGAUGACAUCGGAUGCUGAAACAACGCCUAGGAGAGGAGAGUUGACACCUGAAAUGGUUUCUGAUACGGAUAUGGGGGAGCAGGGACUGUUUCACCGUGGUGGCGAUGAUAGUCUGAGAGGGGAGCGAGGGGAAUCCGAAGGGGGGGAUCUAACACCCCAGCUCACGCCUGAAUCGACACCUGAGGGGGAGGCUCGCAGCAGGUGGAAAGACGACGAGGAAAGGCAGUAUCGUGUGCAAAGGAGGGGGAGCGAUGAGGAGGAGGAAGAGGAGGAGGAUAGGAGGAGUUGGGAGGGCAGGAGAGGAGGGGAGGGGAGGCGAGGGGGGGAGCGCAGGGAGUCGGAGGGAGAGGAGGAGGACGAUGAGAGGAGUGAGAGGAGCUGGGAUCCUGAGAGGGACGAGAGGGAGUAUGGGGAUGAGUGGGACGAGAGGCGAAGCUGGGACGACAGGCGCAGCUGGGAGGAUAGGAGGAGCUGGGAGGAGGACGAGUAUAUACGACGGCUGACUGAGGAAGAUGUGGAGGAGGAUAGAAGCAGUUGGGGGAGUAGGAGUGGGUCGGAGGAGGAGGGUGAGAAGAGGGCGAGGGGGAGGAGAGGGGAGGAGAGUGAGGAGGGCAGUGGGCUGGAGGGAGAGAGUGAGGGAGAGAAGGGGUCGGACCUAGAGAGGGGGGGUGAGGGAGGAGGGAAAGGAGGGGGGAAAGGAGGAAGAGGGAGUGGAGGAGGAGGAGGUGGUGGAGGGUCUAUGGCGUUGCUGGGUGGGCUGGAGGCGGGGCUGGUUUGGGGGGAUGAGGAAGACGAGGGGCUUGGGGAAAGCCGCCGAAGCAAAGUGUCAAGCUCGGCAGGGUCUUUGUCGGGAGAUUCUGCGGCAGGGGAGGAAGGAGGCGAAGGGAAAGGGGAGCGGGAAGAAGGGGAAGCGGAAGAAGAGGCGGGGGAAGAAGAAGCAGCAGACGAAGGGGAUGGGGAUGGGGAUGGGCUGAGUGCGCUGGAGGACUGGGUGGGGAUGGGCGUGGCAGGUCUGGAGCGACGGGGCAUGCGGCUGUCCAUGGAUGGGUCGUGCACCUCUGCCUUCACCUCCUCCUCUUCCUCCCCACCCACCUCCCCACCCGCCUCCCCACCCGCCUCCCCGCCUAUCUCACCCCCCUCCUCCUCGCCCACGUCCAUUGCGCUGUCUCAAGCGGCGUCAGAGCCACCAUCGGGGUCGGCAGCGCCGCCUGUCAUACGCCUGAUGCACGAGCGUGACUUCCGCAAGCGCAUCCACUCGCCCCUCCGCGGCUCCCCUCCCCGCAGCCCCAUCCGACCCAACUCCCGCCGCCGCUCCCCCGGCUUCUCUUCCACUCCCUUAAGUUCCUCCGCCUCCUCCUCUCACUCCACUCCCACCACCACCACCACUUGUACCAGCAGCGAGGCAAUUGACCAAGCUGACGGCCAGAGCCCGUCGGUUAGCAUAUCCCCACCACAGGCCAUUGAAUCCCUGCACCUCCCUGCCUCCUCCCGCACCCCACCGUCACUUGUGCUCCCCUCACCCACCUCCUCCUCCUCCUCCCCUGUUCCCUCCGCCUCUGCUGUGCCUUCCUCCUCCCUGCACCGCAACGUGUCUCUUGACUCCAUCAUCCUUCUCUCCAUCCACUCCUACCUUUUCGGGUCAUCCAUACCAAGACCAGGCUCGCCCCAUUCUCCUCGCCUGCCGCCACUGCCCCUCUCCCCGUCCUCCUCCUCUGCUUCGGUUUUCACCUCACCAUCCGAACCUCUCUCUUCUGCCAAGCCUCAGGACGAGGCUCGGGUGAGGCAGGGAGAGGAGAGGGAGGUUAACGGACACCUGGAGAGUAGUAGAGGAGUGGGGGGUCGUGGAGGACUGGAAGGGAGUGAGCAGAGGCAGGGAGACGAAGCAAAUGCGGAGGAUUUGGGAGGCAAGAUGUUGGAGAGACAGAGUGUCGCUUCCCUUCAUGCUGUGGGGGCGACUGACGCAUCUGCUGCACUCGAAAGUAGCAGCGGCGGCAGCAAUGCUAGUGGUCGCAGCAGCAGCAUAAGCAGCCCAGGAGCUGAGGGUGAAGAAGAGGCGUUUGAGGUGGCUCCAGACACACUGAGCCCACUCCAACCUUCCCUGCCCCUCCUUGCCUCCCUGGCCAAAGACCCCUCUGCCUCCCUCACCUCCUCUCUCUCUCCCAAGUCUCCACACUCACCUCAGCACUCUCCGCACUCUCCUCCCCCUCACUCGCCCCACUCCCCACUCUCCACGCACGCUCGCCAAUCGAUCCUCUCCCGUCGCGCACAUGCCUCCCCUGCGGCCAUUGCUCUCUCUCCCCUCGGUACUGCUGCGCCCCCUCUCUCCUCCGCUGCACCCACCUCCCCCACCAGACCAGCAUCUCCACUUCUUUCCUCUCCCCGCCCUCCCACCCCUCGCUCCGCCACCUCCUCCGUCUCCUCCCUUGCGCGCAGCUCCACCCCGUCUGCUGCAUCCGUUCUCGCAUCUGCUUCCUCCUUGGGCUCCUCCUCGUCCCCCUCCCCCUCCUCCCUCUCGCAAGUGUCUGGGUCAGCAGACGCCCUGCCUGGGGCGUCUGUGGCUAUCAGCCCAUCCGCGCUCCUGCUGCCCUUGCAACGCCUGGCACUCUCUUCUGGGUGCAUUGACGCUCCUUACUCUACCUCCUCCUCCUCCCCCUCUUCCUCUGCUAGUGACUCCGUUUCAGCAGCAGCAUCAGCAAGCACGGGAGGCGAGGUACCUGAGGCGUCAGGUCAACCUGGUCAACGCAGUCAACAGCGGCCGUCCUUGCCGCCCCUUGAGAAGCAGCCAUCCACAGGCCUGCUAGACACCACCUCGCCCAACUCCCCACUCCCACGCACCUCCUCCUCCCUCUCCUCCUCCUCCGCAUCCCCCUCCCCUUGCUCCUCCGCGUCCUCUUCCACCUCUUCCUCCUCAUUACAAGAACCCCCUUCUGCAUCCACCGUCCCUGCUGCAUCCCAACCAUCCACCGAAUCUGCUGGGGGGUCUCUUUCCUCCGAGCCUGCGGCUGCGGCUGCUUCCGAGCCUACGGCUUUGGCCGGACCUCUUGUUUCUGCUUUAACGAUACCUCCUAUAGAGGGCUCCACAUCCCCGUUACAGGGUCUUGGUAGGUCGUCCUCUCUCCCUGUCAGCAUCAGCUCCAAAUCCUCCAACCCCGCCUCUUCUCUGAAAGACCCCUACUUGGAGUAUCUCUACUCAGGGGAUCAGCCUUCCCCAGGUAUAGCCUCCCCUGCCGCUCCAUCCUCGCUCACAUCAGGGGAAAUAUCUGCUGCAGCAGCUGCAUUUUCUGGGAUGGGAGCCUUGGGUGCAUCGGUACUGGGUAGUGGAGGUCUGGAUCAGCAGCAGCAGCAGCAGCAGCAGCAGCCGCACCUUCAGUUCGGCCCGUCUCACCGCCCCACGCCCAUCCGAGUGCUUUUAGGCCUUGUUGAAACAUCGCGUGCAGCCAAGGGCGCAGAAGCAGGCGCCACAGGAGCUGCUGCAGGGUUUGAUGCCGCUGCUUCGCCUGGUGCCGGUGCUGGUGUUGCUGGGGUUGCUGGGGCUGGGGGGGCGGUGGGAGGGUUUCAGUUCCCGCAGCGGCAGCUGCAGCGGCAGCGCACGGCCCCGAGUGCGAACCAGUGGACGCCGCGCAUGAGCACGUUUCUGUCUCCGCGGCGCAGGCUCCGGCAGCAGGUCAGCCUGGAGCGCGGGGGCAGCCUGCUGGGGUCGACACAGGGGAGGAAAGGUGGUGGGAGUUGUGGUGGGGAAGUGGAUUCUCCCUUGGCUGCUGCUGCUGCUGCUGCUGGCGGUGGUUUCGGUGGCAGGAGGCGUUUGUUAGCUUCUGACAUUGACGUUGUGGGUGCUGCCGGUGCUGGUGGUGGUGAUGGUGAUGUUACUGGUGCUGAGAAUGUGAAGCGUGCUAGUGACGGGAGAGGCCAGGAGGAGUCUGAAGUUGAGCUGAAGGGACCACAGGAGCAGCUGAGAGAGGAGAAGCAACAAUUGCAACAGCAACAGCAGCAGCAGCAGCAGCAGCAGCAGGAACGUGACCACACGGCAACCACUAGCAGCAGCAUCGCAGGCGCACUCAGCAGCAUGGCACCUGCAAGCAGCAGCAUGGUCACGGCCAGCAGCAUGCUACCGAGCCAAGAGAGUGGAGAGUUUAAGUCAGACGUGAGUGAGGGGUCGAGCUCUGAGGAGUGGGCAGACGCACUGGAAGACAGCCCCACCAGCGACUCCCUCGAGCCUGCUGCUUUCGACUCGGCUGAAAAGCAUGCAGUGGGGGGGGACAGUAGUAGUUCCACCAGCAGCAGCCCCAACAACAACACUUCACCUAGCGACUCGCUCGCGCCCUCCCACAAUGUGCACCGCAGCGAUGCGCUCAAGGCUGCUCUCGAGAGAAAGCAGGGAGAAAUCAGCACAGAGGGUUUGAGUACAAGUACGAGUGUGCCAGUCCCAGUGCCAGUGCCAGCGCCUGUGGCAGUGCCAGAGCUGGUGCCCGUGCCCGUGCCCGUGCAUUCAGAGCCGGUGCCAGUUAGGCGGAUGUCGAACAGUUCUGCGAGUGGCUUGGCAGAGCUGCUGGAGGAGCCGGUGGAGAAGGUGGAGCAAGGUGGGGAGGGGGGCGGUGCGGUGGUGAUCGGUGCGGUGGUGCCGAAUGUGAUUCGCGCGCACUCGAGCAAGUGGACGCGGCCAGAUCCCACCAGGCAGGCGCUGCUGCUGCAGUCCAUCAUGGGUGGGCGGCUGGGAAGAGACAGAACUGCUGCUGCUUCUCCUGCUGCUCCUGCUGCUCCUGCUGCUCCUGCUGCUCCUGCUGCUCCAGCUGCUGGUGUUAGUGUCAGUGCGAUUCCUGCUGCGUCUGCUGCUAUUGCUAGCGGCGCUCCUCUUUUGGCUGCUGCUGUUCCUGCUGCUGCUAUUCCGAGCCAGACAGUUGCAGCUUCCCAAGAGAGCUCCAGUGUUACUGCUGCUGCUGCCGCUGCUUCGGCUGCCUCUACCACCACCAGUGGCAGUAAGCCAUUGGUGUGGGGGGACACGGCUAAGGGGCAACAACUCGUGCACAGCGAAGCAACAGAUGCCACUGCUCCUGCCAUUCCUGCUACAACCGCGGCUGCUACAACUGCUACAGCUGCAGUUGCCACAACAGCGGCUGCUGCAGCUGCUACGACUGUGCCUGCUGCAGCAGCAGCUGGUACAAGCGUGCGUGGUGCAGGCGCUACAGGCCCACUGGCGUUGGCGUUCAAAGCAGUCCUCGCGAAUGCGAUUGCCCGCAGCAGCAGCGUCCCCGCUGAUGCGCUAACCCGCAGCGGCAGCGGCGGCUUCUCGUUUUCCGAGGCUAGCAGGCUCCGGCUACAGCAGCGCCUGGCCCAGCUGCACGACUCUAGUGUUGAGGUGCCGCAAAAUCAGAUGCAGCAUCGUUUGGCCCAGCUGCACGACUCCAGUUUUGAGGCGCCUCAAAACAGGACGCAGCACCGCUUGGCUCACCUGCACGAGUCUGUGUGGCAGCGGGGCCGGGGCGAGGGGAGCGCAGGCGCCGUUGUUGGUAUGUCUGAUAGUGAGGGGGAGGAGAGUGAGGAGACAGUGGAGGACAGUGAGGAGGAUAGUGCGGAGGUGGAAGAGGAGGAAGAGGAGGAGGAGGAGGCGGAGGAGGAGCAGACAGAGCAGGAGACAGAGGAGGAGGAAGACGAGGAGGAGAGCAGGGAAGGUGAGGGUGGAAAGCGGAAGGUGGUGGAUGAGGAUGAAGGGGAGGAAGAAAACGAGGAGGAAGAGGAGGAAGAGGAGGAUGAGGAGGAUGAGGAGGAGGAUCUGGGCAGGAUGACAGCGGCAGCUAAGAAUCGGGCCAGAUUGCGGCUCUCAAGGCCUGCGGCUGAUGCUGCGCGCACCACCGCCUCGAAUCGUCCUCUCAAGAGCAAGGGAGUGCGUGAGAGGUCCGAGGGCGCCUCCUCCCCGGGGAGGGGGGAGGACACAGAGGCAGUGCAGGAGGGGGUGGCGAAUGUAGCUGCGAUGCUGGCUGCUGUCGCGGGCCCUUUGGCUCAGAUCAAGUCCGCGCUGAGGGGCAGCACCAACAGCCCGCUGAAGGCUGUGGCUGCUGCACUUGAGCAGGACAUGAAGAGGUUCCUGGAAGCUUCUGGACUGGGCCCGGACUCUCCCCCUGGCUUUGCAUUGACGCCGCCGCCACUCCCGGCAUGGCCCGGGACGUCUGCGUCGUCUGCGUUUGUCUCUCCGCCCUCAGGUGAUGCGUCUUGCUCCUCCUCCUCCUCCCCUCCCCCCUCGUCUCCUUCUUAUACGCCGUCUCCCCGUGUGAACGCGAUUGGUGCUGAGAGGUCUCGAGUGGGUUUGCGCUCUGGGGCUGGCACUAAUGUUGCGGUUGCGGAGGAAACGGAGGAGGCGGAGGCGGAGGCGGAGGUGGAGGUGGAGGAGGAGGCAGAGGAGGAUGAGGUUGAGGAGAGGGAGGAGAAGGAGGAUGAAGAGAGAAGAAGUGAAGACGUGAGGGUCACUGGAGAGGGGGAGAGCAGGCAGGACGAGGGCUGCAAGGAGGCGGAGGAGGUGGGACGGGAGGAGGGGAGGAUGGGCCAGGCUGCUGCUGCUGCCGUGCCUGCGGUGUCUGCUACCGCUGCUGCUGCCGCUGCUGCUACCGCCGCUGCUGUUGCUGCUGUUGCUGUCUCUGCUGCAUCCAGUGGGCCUCACAGAAUGGGAGAGGAUGCACAAGCUUCGGGCGAGUCAGGGAAGGAGGAAGGAGAAGCAGGAGAGGUGGAAAAGAGAGGAGGAAGGGGGGGAGCAGGAGAGGUGCUGGAUGCAGCAUCCUUGCCUUCAACGAUGGCUGCACCUGCAGUUUCACCUGCCGUCCCUUGUGUCACCCCAUCUGCCGUUGCCUCUACACCACCUCCAUCAUCAUCAUUAUCAGCAUCACCAUCAGCAUCAGCAUCAUCGGUAUCUUCUCCGGUGCGGCCGUCCAUGCGCCCGUCAACCGUGCACCCAUCUCAGCGAUCCUGUGUGCGCAUGAGCACAGUGUCAGCCAAGGUGCGGGCGUUCGAGUCCAUGAUUGCCCUGCAGAAGCACGCCCACCAGCGCCAGCAGAUGCACAUGCUGCACCGGGUGCUGGGGUCUGUUGCGGGCCCCGCUGCUCACGAGCUUGCUGCUGCGGCUUCUGCAGCGGGCGUGCCUGCACCAGCACCACCAGAAGCAGCAGCGCCAGCAGAAGCAACAGCACCAGCAGAAGCAGCAGCGCCAGCAGAAGCAGCAGCGCCAGCAGCACCAGAAGAAGCAGCAGCAGUGAUUGGUGGUCUGGUUUUGGCAGCUGUUGCCUCGACUCUUGUUCCUGAUGAUGGUGUGGGUGCGACACAAGCAGCAGCAGAAGAGCAUGACAGGGAGAGGGGAUAUGCCUCUGUGGAUGAUAAGAGGAGCAAGAAAGAGCUGCGGGCGUUCCGGUCCAUGAUUGCUCUGCAGAAGCACGCGCACUCGCGGCAGCAGAUGCACAUGCUUCAGCAGGUGCUGGGGUCUGUUGCUGGUCCGGCUGCCAAGGAACUUGCAGCUGCUGCAGCGGCAGCAGGCAUACCCGCACCAGAGCCUGCAGCAGCAGCAGCGGCGGUAGUGGAGGCUCCAGUUGCAGCAGUUGCCGUGUCUCCUCAUGGCUCUGAUGCUGAUGAUGUGGGUGCGGGACAAAAGCGAGACCGGCCAGGCGAUCUGGCAGUGGUGCAGCAGGACAGGGAGAGAGGAGGUGUCGCUGGGGAUGACAAGAGGGCGAAAAAAGAGUUGCGGGCGUUCAGGUCCAUGAUUGCCCUGCAGAAGCACGCUCACCAACGGCAGCAGCUGCACACUCUGCAGCGGGUGCUGGGGUCUGUUUCUGGCCCGGCUGCCAAGGAACUUGCAGCUGCCGCUGCAGCAGCGGGUGUUCCCGCAGCAGCAGCAGCAGCAAGCAGAGGUGCAGGUUCACGGGGGGGAGGCAAGGGGGCCGGCAGGGUGGAGAGAAGGGCGGGCGGCGGUGGCGACGGCAAGUUAGAAGACGAGGAGUUUUUCGAUGCGGAGGAGAGAGAUCUGGCUCCUGCAGGAGUUUCACUUUCUUCUGAAGUGCUUCCUCUGCGUGGUGGCAGUGCGAGUGCGCCGUCCAGUAGUCGUGGCGGGGCAGACGUGCUCACGAUUGAUGCUCAAGAUGCGGAUUCAGAGGAUGGGGAUGGGGAUGGGGAUGGUGUGGAUGAUGUGCCCUUCCUGCAAGCACCAUCUACCAAUCCCCCAUCAUCCCUGCAUCCACAUGCAGCCGCCCUACUGCCAGGUUACGAGCCAUACGGUCCCCUGGCCCCGCACAUAAACUACAACGGGCUCUCCCUGGCUGAAGCCACGCGCACGCUCGCCAAGCCUCGGCCAACCCCGGACCACACACCGCAGCUCAGUCCGCUCCUGCGCUCCCCUACACAUGCUGGUGUUGGCGGCCGGUUGUUGGCUGGUCGGCCCCUUGGAAUCCCCAUAUCCCACUCCACCUCCUCCUGCCAUCAGCCUAGCACCGCUGCCGCUGCAGCCGCUUCUGGCGCUGGCCUUGAGGCUGCUUGUGCUGCUGCUCCUGCUUCUUCCACCGUGGCGUAUCGUGCAAUCAGCGGCGAGGGAGGAGGAGGGCGCGAUCUUGUUCGUCCGUCCACGGCACCUCCUGCAACGGUUGGCAUGGCUGCUGCGGCUGCCGUUUCUGCCGCCGUUGCAGCAGCAGCCGCUGUGGCCGCUGCGUCGCCCCUCUCCGCUGCCUCCACCCCGUCGGCCUUCCAAGCUACAUCCACGCUAUUCGCCUCCGCUUCCUUAUCCUCAGGCAUGGUCGAGUCAGAGGCCCUGCUGCCAUGCUUCGAGGAGGACCAAGUGUGCCCCGUGACUGUCUUCUCCGAGGCCCCAUCGCGGCCGCUGACACCAGAGGAACCCUCGAGCACACACUCUUUCCACUUUGCUCCGGUCGCUCCCGCGCCCUUCUCCUCAUCCCCUUCUCCUGCACCUAGAGACCCCAGCCUCCUCCUCCACUCCCCGUCCGCUCCUUUCUUGCCUGCCGCUCCUGCUGCUGCACUCACUCCUGAACGUUCCACCCCAUCAGCAUCACCUGCAGCAGCAGCAGCAGGAUCGGACUCACCUGUAUUUCAAGUCUCAAGUGAUCCAGCAGCAGCAGCAUCGCAGCAGCAGACACCUACCCCCAAUCUGUCCACGCCUCUCCCAUCGUCACACACCCGAAGCCACCCGUUCAUCCGCUCGCACCCGCCGCACCACAGCGCCCCCCACCCAAGGCGCGCCCCCUCCCCUGGUACCUUCCCCUCGGGAACAGCCCCGAUCAAGCACCCGUUGCUCGCUGUCUUCUCCUCUACCCCCCAGUCCAAAUCCAUCUUCUCCUUCUCCUCCCCGCCGCACCUCGCCUCGCUCACCCCUCCCGAGCGUACCUCCUCCGGUCCCUCCCCCCUCCGCCCCCCUGUUGGCCCGUCUGCCCUCUCCACUGCUCCGUUCCUCCUCUCCGACCCUGCCGCGCCUUCCGAACCUCAGUCUUCCGAGGCGUACCGGCUCGCCGUGCCUAUACACCCGAACCAGGUGGAUGUGAAGGGGUAUGACGAACAGCAGGUGUGUCCGCUGUCCCGGGCCAAUUCUGCUAACCUGGAGAGCAGGCGGGAGGAUGUAGAAAGCGUGAAAAUGGAACUGAUGGCUGCUGGGUUUGGGUCGGGACGGGGGCUGGCUGCACUGUAUGCGAAGCAGAAGAGCUGGGGGUCGGGACGCGGGUGGGAGAUUGGGGAGAGCAGGCUGGGGAAAGCAGGAGGGCUGGAAAGGGGGGAGGGGGUUGAGGAGGGGGACAUGGAGGAGGAAGAUGGGGAGGAGGGCGAGGAGCAGGAGGAGGAGGAGAAGAAGGCGAGAAUGAAAAGGGCUUCUGUAGAAAGAACCGAUGACAAAGAGGACGAGGAGGAGGACGAUGAGGAGGAGGAGGAGUCAAAGGCACAUGGCAGGAUGUAUCACGUGCAAGUUCAAGGAAGCAGGGAGGAUGAGGAUGAAGAAGAGGAAGAGGAGGAGGAAGAGGAGGAGGAGGAUGAGGAAGAGGAUGAGGAUGAGCAGGAAGAGGACCUUGUCGGCCGCAGUGGAAGUAAGGGAGCACAGCAAACAGGUGCCAUGGGCAUCAACAGCACCAGCAGCAUCAGUAGCAAAGGAGCGACCAGCAGCAAGGGAGCAGCCAGCACUGCUGCUAUCGCCCGCGCUCCCCCCUGGUCGAGACUCGCCACUCCUGCCGCCACCUCGGCGGCCCUCUCCUCUCGGCGGCCGGCUGUGACUGUGAGCUGCAGUGGCGACAUACUCAAGGAGUCGCAAGAGGGACGGGUGACGUCCUCCCCUGCGUCACCGCACACACCCUCUGCAGCAACAGCAACCGUUGCAACCACUGCUGCAGCAGCAGCUGCUGCUGUGGCUGCAGCAUCGUCUUUGCCCAUUCCAAGCCCAGCAGGGGCAGCAUCCGAUGCUGCUGCUGCUGCUGCUGCUGCUGCUGAUGAUGAUGAUGAUGAUGAUGAUGCAGCGGCAGUGACCAUGACAGCAGCAUCAGCUGAGGUGGUUACGGCGGGGGAUGGGAACAAGGGGAAGGCACUGGUGACGGCUGGAAAGCAUGUGCAGCAGCAAGAGGACGUGGAUUGGCCGCCUCGGUCCCUGUACAAGCGCAAGAUGGCAGGCCGGCCAAUCACCCCUCCGCCCGCGGUCAAGAGCAUGCUGCUGCGGGGUAGAGGCACGCAGGAAUGUGCCCCUCUGGUUACAGACUUUGUGCAGGUUAUGCGAGAUGCAGAGGAGCGGGAUGUGGUUGGUGGUGGUGGGGGGUUGGAUGAGAAGGCAGCAGCUUUUGAAAGGGAGAUUGGAGAGAUGAUGGAUGGGAGGGCAGAGAGUGAGGGGGAUAGUGAGGAGGAAGAGGAGGAGGAGGAAGAGGAGGAGGAAGAGGAGGAGGAAGAGGAGGAGGAAGAGGAGGAGGAAGAGGAGGUAGAAGGGGAAGAGGGCAAGAGGCGGACUGUAAAGGAUCGUGAUGAGGAGGUGAGUGAAGUGAGAGAGGAAGAGGAAGCUGAGGAUGAUGAGGAGGAAGGGAACAAAGAGGAAGAAGAGGAGGAAGAGGAAGAGGAAGAGGAAGAGGAGGUGAAGGUUGGGAAUCAGAGAGGAGAGAUGAAACAAGCACAGGCGCAACAGCAGGCGCAGCAGCAACCGCAGCAGCAGGCGCAGCAGCAGGGAAAGACCACCAGCAGCAACAGCCGGUACAUAACGCACAAUGUGAGCGACGAGGAGAGCGAGGAUGACGACGCCGACGACGACUGGAGCACAAUGCAAGGCGUCCGGCACAAGGCAGGAAGCGCCAGUCUGCGCACCCAGCCCAGCGGCAGCGGCGCCGCCCACAUGUCCUGCUCCAUCCACGUACUCCCUAUAGACGACUUCGUUCUCCGCCACAGGCGCUGCCUGCAGCCGCAGUGCGGCCCGUACGGGUCCCUUAGAGGCACCCAGUCAGCGCGCCUGCUACCCACCCUCUCUAUCGCUCGCUCCGAGCUCUCUGAGAGGGAGGGGGGGGAUGGUGAGGGGGGAGUAGUAGGAGGAGGAGCUGGGAGGAGGUCUGAGCGGAUCCUAGAAGGAAUGGAGGAGGGGGUGGUGCAGUGCACAGGGAUCAUGCACCAGGCCGGGAGGAUGGCUCCUGCCGUUUCGUGCCGACCGUGCCGCCCGCUGUCCCCCAUCUGGAGCCGCCCAUCUGGGCGAGGCAAGGCAGGGGCGUCGCCAUCAGGGAGGGGAGGGGGGGAAGGUGUUGUGGUUUCGGGGCUGGUUGGGGAGCAAGGGGAGGUGGUGCAGCCGGUGCACAUGCGGACUGCAGAGUGGGUGGAGAGCGAGGAUUUCAAGGUGCAGUGCUUUUCCCUAAAGAACUGUGCAGAGCCGCAGCCGCGAUGCUUUGGGGGGCUGUGUCGGGUGGAUGAGCGGCGGGAGUGGUACGACGAGGGGGAUGAGGAUGAGGAUGAGGAUGAGGAGGAGGGGAAGGAGGAGGAUGAGGAGGCAUGGGGGGGGGAGGGACGGGAGAGGAAUGGCGGUGAAGUGGCGGAGGGGGGUGAGAAUGUUCAGCAGAAGUCACAGGCGCAGAGCAGGCCAGAGGAGGGUAAAGUGACAGCAGCAACAGCGGCAGCAACGGUCUCACCACGUGGGCAGAAAAGGGCGAUGGAGCGAAACGAAGCAGAUGAGGAGGAUGACGAUGACGUUCCGGAACCGGGUCGCUUGCUUCUUAGGAACCGGGGUGCUGCCGCAUUUUCGUGCUGCACCCGCCCUCGUGUUGUGGAUUGAUUGCAUUGUGAUCAAUCUUUUAGAAAACAGUGUUUUGCUUAGCUCCAGUGGUGCUAUACUACCAUAGCAUUGCAUGCUAUUUAUUCCCUGUUUUUAUUGUUUUCUAACUUGACUACUAAAUAGGAGUUUGAUUUUCGUUAUCCCAGCAUUUGUAUUAGCU